UUCCUGCCCUGAGUCAGAUCCGGUGUGACCCCGCAGCAGACAGAGCAGACGUCGCGGACGCCAUUUUAUUCAGUCCAGUUUGAUCGUUCAUUCGAUCCGUUUAACAGUUUUGGCAUCUGAAGAACUCCGACAUCUCCAAAAUGAGCCGCGCUGUCCAGAGGGGAGCCUCAACUGCCAUGCGCAUGAGGUCCAUGAGCUCAGGCCCUGUUCCUGAAGUCAAGUUAAAUUUCUCACCUGAGAAACUGGCUGAAAUGGGACGGGCUAUCAACCCUGGUCAAACCGCCUUCGGCCCCAAGAAUGCUAACAUUGAGAAGUGGCAGAAACACUUCCAGGACCCUCUUAACGCUGAAACGCCCAUGUACAGGAGGAAGGGCGUGUCCGAUGAUCUUAUUGUCAGUGGACUUUCCAUUAGUGUUGCCUCAUUGUUCGUCUACAAUGUAAUUAACUUCUUCACUGACUAACUUAAUUUCUGUUGUAGUUCUCAACUUCAUAAGACGCAUUCAAAUUUUAAUGUUUUGAAAGAAAAUUUAUUAAUUUUGAAGGGAUUGUCACAUCCCUCUAGGGCUUUCUUCUGGUGAAAACUGUAUGUGAAUAAAUAAUAGAGCUUUAA